CCCUUCCUCUCUCUUUGUGCCAGUCUGCACUUUUGUUUACUCUCUCUCUCUCUUUAACUCUGAAAUAGAUGGAAGCAGAGACACCAGAGGAGUUUUAAUGUCCAACCACGGCUCUGGACUUCUCUAUUUUUCCCCAUCUCACUCUUUCUUUUGCUUUUGCUUUUACUUCUGAGAGACUAAACAUUGUUGUGUCUUAAGUUUUCUUUUGCUCGGAGUGUGUGACUCCAGAAACAUCUGUUUUUUCUCUCAUUUUACUGUCUGGUGUUUGUUUGAAAAAGGUCCCAAAAUGAAAGAACAGAGAAGAAACAUCUUCAUCUUCUCAGUGUAAUGCUUUUUUAACUGCUGCUGUUUCUCUCAUAUCUAUCAGCCAUCCAACUCAUUCUCUCUCACUCCUUUAUUGUAGUCUUCUGGGUUGUUCUGUUUGAGUGUUAAAAAAAUGAGUAAAGAAGAGUUUUUGAAGAUCAAGACUUGUGUUCUGAAAGUGAACAUACAUUGUGAUGGGUGUAAGCACAAAGUGAAGAAAAUCCUGCAGAAAAUCGAAGGUGUCUAUACCACCAAAAUAGAUUCAGAACAGGGCAAGGUCACAGUUUCAGGAAUUGUAGAACCAGCCACACUGAUCAAGAAGCUGGCUAAGAAUGGGAAACAUGCAGAACUCUGGGGUGCACCCAAGGCAGCCAACAAUCCCAACAACCAAAACCAGCUCAAUAACCAGUUGAAGAACAUGCAAAUUGACCAUGGCAAAGGUGGGAACAAGGGUCAAGGCCAAAAGGGUGUAAAUAAUCAGCCCAAAGGAGGGCAACAAGGUCAAAACAACCAGCAACAGCAACAGCAACAGCAACAGCUCCAAAAAUCGAAGGGAUUUGCAGAUCUGAAACUUCCCCAAUUUAAAGACCUGAAAAUGCCCUUCAACAACAACAACAAAGCUCAGAACCAGAAGGCUGUGAAGUUCAACUUGCCUGAUGAUGACGAUGACGAGUUUUAUGUCGAUGACGACGAGUUUGAUGAUGACGACGAGUUUGAUUAUGAUGAGUUUGAUGAUGAAAUAGAUGACACACCUCUGAACAAGAUGAAACCCGUCAUGAAUAAUGGUCAUGGGGGUGCUCAGAUGCCUAAUAUGAUGUUGAAUGGUAUGAUGAUGAAUGGACAGCAUCCUCAGCUUAUGCAGGGUGGAAAUGGUAAAAAGGGUGGGGGAGGAGGAAAUAUACCUGUUCAAGUGAACAUGGGUGAUGGUGGUGGCAAUAAUGCAAAGAAAGGUGGUGGGAAUGGAAAUAACAAUGGGGGUAAUCAAAAUCAAGGUGGUGGUGCUGCCAAAAGUGGUGGCAAGAAUGGUGGUGGGCAACCAUCAGAUGGUAAAAAUGGUGGGGGUGGAGGUGGUCAGAACAAGAAUGGUAACAAUGGCGGUGGUGCUGGUGCUGGUGCUGGUAAUGGAGGCAAGGGGGGUGGGAUGAAUGAUGGUUUUCAUGGCAUGAUGCCUAACAUGAUGGCUGUGAAUGGUGGUGCUAAGGUGGGUCAGAUGGGAAACAUGCCCAUGGGCCAAAUGGGUCAGAUGGGUAAUGUACCUAUGGGCCAGAUGGGUAACAUUCCAGCCGUCCAGGGCCUUCCCGCGGCGGCAAUGAAUGGUGGUGCUGGUGGUUAUUACCAAGGGGCUGGGCCAGAGAUGAUGCCUGGUAACCCCUACUACCAGCAACAAUUGGCGGCGAUGAUGAUGAACCAGCAACGAGCAAAUGGGAACGAAAGGUUUCAACCAAUGAUGUACGCUCGGCCACCACCGGCCGUCAAUUACAUGCCCCCCCCAAACCCCUAUCCAUACCCUCCACCACAAGACCAUUACAGCUCCAUCUUCAGUGAUGAAAACACCUCAAGCUGUAGUGUAAUGUGAAAAUGUGCCACCAGUGUUCCACCCAUUAUAGCUAAAAUGUACUGAAUUUCUGAUGAUGGUGGUGGUGAUGGUAGUGGCAGCGGGGUGGUCAUAGCAGUGGCGAUGCUGCUUGGUGUUUCGGUUAUAGCUCAAUGACUCACUAGUCUCUUGGUGCUUUGUCAUACAUGGAAAUGUGUUUUUCACUUUAGUCUUUAGUUUUCUCCUCUCCUUUUUUCCUUAAAUUUUCUUUUUUCUGAACCUAAGUUGAAGUUUAAACGAAGUUCUUUAAUCUUCAUAGGUAGUAAUUAUAGAUAAUAUAUUAAGGAUGUAGGGGAAGGAUGAGAUGUAAGUGGGGAAUGAUGGUGAUCUUUUUAAUGAGAUGUUCAUAUGUGUUUAUAUGUUUUUUACAACAAUAAUAUGUAUCAAGGAGGAGAAGAAGGGG